AUCGCUUUUCCCUUAUCACCUCCGCCCCAAAUUGCUGAUCGCAUCGUGCUCCGCUACGCGUUGGCGCUCCUCUUUAUUUUGUCGCGACCUGCACACACCCCGCCAUCACAUAGCGUGCUCAUACCCUCACGAUGAGUAUCGGUAUUUCAGAUGACAGCCAUGAGCUCAGCGACAUGAGCCAGGGCAAGGCCCGGGAGGCAAAUGUCGAGAUUGUCGCCGAAUCGAUUGAUCGCGACGGCUUGGAUCGCGAUCAAUUGGCGAAGCUGGGCAAGAAGUCUGUGCUAAAGCGAAACUUCCGCUUCCUGACCAUUCUGGGCUUCAGCUGUGCUAUCCUCGUCACAUGGGAGGGCACGCUGAUGAACUUUGCCCCCGGCCUGGCAAAUGGUGGCCCUGCCGGUCUCGUCUAUGGCUUCAUCUUCGUCUGGAUCGGCAACAUCAGCGUCUUCUCUUGCCUCUGCGAGCUCGUGUCCAUCGCUCCCACGUCUGGCGGCCAGUAUCACUGGGUGGCCAUGCUGGCUCCUCGGUGGUGCUCCAAGUUCUUGAGUUACAUUACCGGCUGGUUGACUCUGGCCGGGUGGCAAGGAACGGCUGCUGCUGCUGGCUUCCUGACUGGCACCAUGAUCCAGGGUCUUGUUACCUUCAUGAUACCCUCCUACGACGCCAAGACGUGGCAGGGAACGCUGAUGCUCUGGAUGUGUAUCUUGGUUGCCGUGUUUAUCAACACCAUCGUCAGCUCCAUGCUUCCCAAGAUUGAGGGAAUGAUUUUGAUUCUCCACAUUAUCGGCUUCUUCGCUGUCCUGAUUACGCUGGUCACUUUCGGCGCAAACGCUGACGCCUCCGAGGUUUUCCUCGAGUUCCGUAAUCAGGGCAUGUGGCCUACUCAGGGACUUUCUUUUUUCGUGGGCCUGUUGGGCUGCGUAUUUUCCUUUGCCGGUGUCGACUGCUCUUUUCAUAUGUGUGAGGAAGUCCAGAAUCCUUCUGUCGCAGUCCCUCGUUCCAUUAUGGCCAGCAUCAUGCUCAACGGCGCCAUGGGUUUUGCUAUUCUCAUUGCUAUGCUCUACAGCGCUACCAAUAUCGACGAGGCUAUCAACACCCCAACUGGCUACCCUUAUAUCGAGAUCUUCUACCAGGCUACCGGAUCAAAGGGCGGAACAGCCGCCAUGACCUCUCUGAUUAUUGUCAUGACUCUGUCUGCUAUUGUCGGCGUCAUUGCCGCUACCUCCCGCAUGUUCUGGGCUUUUGCUAGAGAUCGGGGUCUGCCGUUUUGGCCUACUCUGUCCAAGGUUGAUCCUCGGACCAACGUCCCUGUCUGGGCCAUCGCCGUCACAAGCCUUGUCGCAUGCCUCAUUGGUCUUAUCAACAUUGGCUCUGCCGUCGUCUACAACGCCAUCAUUUCUGUCGCCGUCUCCGGUCUGUACUCAUCCUACCUGAUGGCCGCAUCUCUGCUUCUCUAUCGUCGUUGCGGCAACGGGUACAAGUUGCCUGAUCCCAGUGCCCUUCCUGCUCUGGCCGACACCACUGCUGGUGACGGUCAGACUCUCGCCUGGGGGCCAUGGCACGUCCCUGGCGUCUUUGGCACCAUCAACAACGUCAUCGCCAUCAUGUUUAUGCUCGUUGUCUGGUUCUUCAGCUUCUGGCCCCCGGCCACCCCCGCCACUCCGGCCACCAUGAACUAUGCCUCGCUGAUGACUGGUGGUGUUGCACUUCUCAGUAUUGUUUACUACCUCCUCUGGGCGAAGAAGGAGUACAAGGGGCCCCAUAUGGAGAUUGUGGCCAACUAACUUCCAAGAGUUAGGAAGGAGAUUGCGACUGGAAUAAACGUACUUAAUUAAACGGCUUACAUAGAAUGUAACAUAGCCGAGUGAGCUACCUAAUCACAAUUCCGCCGGUGUACCUCUUGUUUGAAGAUGACCCUGCCUACUAAACUCUGAUAGAUUAAUGGCCUGAUCUUGGGUAGUUAGAGGGGUUUUCUGCCAGGGGGCCCAGCCGGAUCCGGGCCAAGAUGAUCAUCAACAUCAUCUUCAUCGUCUUGAAUACUCUUGCCUGAUCAAAUUUACCGCAUCGGAUCCAUCACCUCUCUUUUCAUAAAAUUGCAUUAAUGUUGUUCAUUAGCUAGCCGCUAGCUGACUCAGCGGCAAUUGGCUGACCAAGCAACUAAAUCAUGAAACUGAGGAGUUGCCAAGUUGC